AUGCUAACAAGGAACUGCCUGCUGCUGUUCCUUUGGAUUCUCGUCAACGAAGGCUCAGUCUCCUCUUUACGUCCACCUUCGCCGGCACUGGGACGGAGCAGGGCGGCGCGGGAGCACGCCAGAGGCUUGCUGGGCCCGAUGAGGAAUGGGGCGGCUGGAUUUCAACGGGUCAAAAGGGGCUGGGUGUGGAACCAGUUCUUUGUACUGGAGGAGUACAUGGGGUCAGACCCGCAGUACGUGGGCAAGCUACACACUGACCUCGAUAGUGGGGACAAUGGGGUGAAGUACACUCUCUCGGGAGACGGCGCUGGCUCCAUUUUCACAAUUGACCAAACAACUGGGGACAUCCAUGCCUUAAGGAGUCUUGACAGAGAGGAGAAGCCUUACUACACCCUACGCGCCCAGGCCGUCGACAUCGACACCAAUAGGCCCCUGGAGCCUGAAUCAGAAUUUGUCAUCAAGGUUCAAGACAUCAACGACAAUGAGCCAAAAUUCCUGGAGGGACCGUACACGGCCAGUGUCCCCGAGAUGUCCCCAGUAGGGACGUAUGUGACGCAAGUGACAGCCACAGACGCAGAUGAUCCUACGUAUGGAAACAGCGCUAGAGUGGUGUACAGCAUCCUGCAUGGCCAGCCGUACUUCUCUGUCGACCCUAAAACAGGUGUUAUAAAGACAGCCUUGCCCAAUAUGGACAGAGAAGUUAAGGAACAGUACCAAGUAUUAAUCCAGGCCAAGGACAUGGGGGGCCAGCUGGGGGGUCUGGCCGGGACCACCACCAUCAACAUCACCCUCAGCGAUGUCAACGAUAAUCCACCCAGGUUCUCUAAAAGUUUCUUCCACCUACGUGUUCCCGAGUCUUCAUCGGUGGGGUCAGCUGUGGGUAGAAUCAAAGCCCAUGACCUGGACAUCGGGAGAAAUGCCGAAGUAGAGUACACCAUUGUGCCCGGUGACGGAGGCGCCAUGUUUGACAUCACCACCAAUGAUCACAACCAGGAGGGGAUCAUCAUUCUCAAAAGGCCCCUGGACUAUGAAAGCAAGAAGGCGUACACAUUUAAGGUAGAUGCCUCUAAUGCCCAUCUGGAUCCACGGUUCCAAAGCUUUGGGGCCUUCAAAGACACAGCAACAGUGAAGAUUAACGUUUUGGAUGUGGAUGAGCCCCCGGUGUUCAAUAAGCCCUCCUAUGUGAUGGAUGUGUACGAGGACACACCCGCGGGCACCAUUAUUGGAGCGGUGACGGCACAGGAUUUAGAUGCCGGCAGCAGUCCAGUCAGGUAUUCCAUUGACUGGAAGAGUGACUUGGACAGCUACUUUGACAUUGAUCCAGUGGAGGGAACCAUUUCUACCAACGAACUCCUUGACAGGGAGAGCAUCGCCCGGCACAAUAUCUCCAUCGUGGCGACCAAACUUAAUAGUCCAGUUCUGACCAGUCGGGUGGCCGUCACCGUCAACGUGUUGGACAUCAACGAGUUCCCGCCUGAACUCGCCAGUCCUCAUGAGACCUUUGUUUGUGAAAAUGCCAAAGUGGGACAGGUCAUUCAGACUUUCAGUGCAAAAGACCAGGAUCUAUCGACUGCUGGACAACAGUUCUCCUUCAAGUCACCAAAGGAGGACAUGAAAAACAAGAAUUUCACCAUCCGGGACUUUGGAAACAACACAGCUGGAAUUGUGACAAAGCGGAAUGGCUUCAGACGGCGUCUUCAGGAGAUCUACUUCCUUCCCGUGGUGAUUGACGAUAAUGGCUACCCUCCUAAGAGCAGCACCGGCACCCUGACCAUCCGAGUAUGUGGCUGCGAAUCAAAUGGCUCCCUGCUCACCUGCAGCGCCGAGGCCAUCUUUCUCCCCGUGGGUCUCAGCACGGGAGCUCUGGUCGCCAUCCUUCUGUGUAUCAUCAUCCUGUUAGUAAUCGUAGUCCUCUAUGUGGGCUUGAGGCGACAGAAGAAAAAGGAAACCCUCAUGUCAUCCAAAGAGGACAUCCGGGAUAAUGUGAUCCACUAUGACGAUGAAGGAGGCGGUGAGGAGGACACGCACGCGUUUGACAUGGGGACACUUCGCAACCCCAAGGUUGUCAAAGAGAAUCUGUUCCGCAGGGACGUCAAACCUGAGAUGAAGAGAGGUCCCAGGGCGCCGGUGUCUCAGGACAGCGCCGACAUGCGAGAUUUCAUCAACCAGCGUCUGAAAGAGCACGACGUGGACAACGCAGCACCGCCCUACGACUCCCUGGCCACGUACGCUUACGAGGGCGACGGCUCUGUGGCAGAGUCGCUCAGCUCCAUCGACUCUCUUGCCGUAGACCUCGAGGUGGACUAUGAUUACCUCAAUGACUGGGGGCCCCGCUUUAAGACGCUGGCAGGGAUAUUUGGGGAUCAGUCAGAAACUCAGUCGGACUCAACCACCACGGAAAAUACACAUUGA